AUGUCUCAUUUCGUUGGUGUCGUCAACGCAGUACCUACCUUCGUUCUGCUCUCGGCGUUUGCUUUAGCAGCAAGGCUUUUCUAUGGGUUCUUUCGUCCGCCUCAAAAUGAUAUCAACAAGUACCCGUUAGUAAACGGACGCAAAUGGUGGAGCUUGUUCGCUACAGAGCAGAAAGCCAAGUUCGUCGUGGACGCUGGUGGUCUUAUCGACCACGGAUUGAAGACGGCUGGAAAAGCUUUUCGAUUGCAAACAGAUGAUGGGGUUCAAAUCGUUCUCGCUGGAGAAUAUGCCGACGGCUUAAGAAACAAUCCAGACUUGAACUUCGGUAAAAUCAGCGCCGAGGAUUUCCAUGCGCAUAUUCCUGGUUUUGAGCCUUUCCGACAAGGAUCCUCCAAUGACGAGAUCUUCCACAAGGCCGUAAGAGAAAACCUCACGCAUGAUUUGGAAAGUCUGAAUCGUCCCCUUUCGGCCGAGGCAGCUGUUGCGCUGCAGCACCAUUGGUCUGAUAAUCCAGAAUGGCAUGAGGUUGAACUUAAGUCCACGAUGUUGCACAUCAUCUCUCAGCUAUCCUCCCGUGUAUUCCUAGGCACGGAGCUGUGUCGCAACCCAGAUUGGCUACGUGUUACUAGGGAUUACACUGUGGAUGCGAUCCAGGCCGCCCAAGACCUUCGUGUCUGGCCUCCAAUGACGAGAUCUUGGGUCCAUUGGUUCAUCCCCUCUUGCCGUAAGCUCCGAUCUGAUCUCGCCCAAUGUAAAGAUCUCGUCAACCCUGUGCUUGAAAAGCGUCGACUUGACAAAGAGAGGCGUGCCGCCGAAGGCCUGAAGCCAGAAGAGUAUCUCGACGCCAUGGAGUGGAUGGAGCAGGCUGCCAAGGGCCAGCCCUAUGACCCCGCAAUUUCACAGGUCAUGAUGGCUAUGGCAGCCAACUUUUCUGGUUCUGAUGCUUUGACGCAGGUCAUUUUCGAUCUUUGUGGCCAGCCGGAACUGGUGCGCGACCUGCGAGAGGAAAUUAUUUCCGUAAUCAGCGAGAGCAACUGGAAUAAGUCCACGAUUUAUAAGCUCAAGCUCAUGGACAGCGUCCUCAAGGAAAGCCAGCGUAUAAAGCCAGCAGCCGUCGCGCUCAUGCGGCGUUACGCACUCAAGGACACCACUUUGCCCGAUGGAACCAAGUUUCCCAAGGGCUCGAAGCUCAUGGUCUCCGCCUCCGACUCCUGGGACGACUCUAUUUACCCAGAUGCCAAAACAUUUGAUGGCUAUCGGUUCUUGCGUAUGCGCGAGGCCGGCGAUGUUGCAAACGCACAAUACGUCUCUACCGGAUCCAGUGUCUUGGGCUUCGGACACGGGAAGCAGGCUUGUCCGGGUCGUUUCUUCGCGGCCAAUGAGCUCAAAAUUGCGCUUAGCCAUAUUUUGCUAAAGUAUGAUUUUAAGCUUGCACCCGACACGAAGCCCCAGUCAUCAACCUACGGUUUGUUCCUGCAGGCGGACUCCAAUGCUCGACUUAUGAUUCGGAGAAUUAAGGAAGAAAUUGAGUUAUAA